CAACAACAGCACGUGGUGCCAGUACCUCCUGGUCCUGCCAGACAUCCGGAGCCGAUUGAUCAUCUCGCCGUCCCCGCGAGUCAUCCCGACGGCGUGUUCGCGCACGUGUCGCUCCACGUGUCCAGUUUUAGCAGGACGGGUUCGUCGACGUGGCCGUCGUUGGUAAACGGGGUUAGACAGAGCCGGACCCUCGUCGACUCCACUCGUCUCCCGUCCGUGACCCUUUGACCUCGCGACGGCAAUCUCGUCCGUUUAGGACACAAUUACUCGUCGCCCGUGGCUUCGUUUAUUCGCAAGUGUAGUCGAAGAAUUGUGACCGCUCGGCGACGUUCCCUUUGCCUCUUCGAGAACUCGAUGGAUCAACCUUGAAGUCGGAAUAAUUGCGUUUAGAGCGGUCUUUUCGAGCUGUUAAAAGGCUCCUCGUCGUAAAUGGCGAUCCAUCAGAUCGGGAUGUCCACACCUGGUUUGAAAUGCGCAACAUUUCCAACUCGCGUCACGAUCGAUUGAGAAUGAAACGCGCGUUUUACCCGAUCCGCGAAAAUGAGAUCCGCGGCUGCGUUUCUGGAAUAGAAUUAAAGUUGUCCAGCUAGAGAGAGCGAGUCUAGCUAGUUCUGCUCUAAUUUGAGGUUUAUUUUUACCUCGCUGCCGGCACAAGUUAGAGCACAACACAGACUCUGUGGUGGAUUCAGUUCGCGCGUGAUUUACAGAGAAUCCGGACGGCGGUUAUCGUCGUCGAUAACGAACGGCGGAUAUUUUUGGCGUGUCAAGAGACUUUUCGUCUCCUCAUCUGCGAGCCGCCAUCUGUCGCUUCCCGCUGUCCGUCGCGACUUAUUGUUGGCAAAAUAAUAUUUCAAAAUCCAAUUAAACUCGAUAAGAACGCGGGGUGGCUCAGAAAUCACUACUGCGAGAAGCUAUUCAUACAAGAGGCUGUUUAAUAUCACAGAUGUAACGGGGAGUUAAUGUCAAAAAUAUUUCAUUGCAAUGUACAGUUUUUCUUGCCUUCCGUUAACAUGUAUUUAAAAGAGGCACAACGAAGCUUAAAUAAGUCGAGCUUCGCGUUUGAAUUUAUUUUCGAAGUAGUGAUCUCUCGGCCAAGCUUGUAACCACGUUACAAUAUCUCGUCUUUUGCCGUUGUUGCCCUCGCGUAGAAAAAGUGCCGAGUGUGUGAGACUUUCGAAAACGCGUAAAAAUGAUGACGGACGUGAUGAGGCCUGUCUCGCCGAUUUCACCGGUUCGCUUGGCGACGAUUCGACGUCACGCGCGGUGGGAGCAAUACGUUAAUGCGCUGCUGGCAGACCUGCAGAACACCGUGUCGUCAGAGGGAAAUCACGUAGGUGCAGGUAACGCGACGCCCGGUUACGGAUCGUUGAAUGGCGCGCGUAUCCACGCAACCACCGGCUAUAGAUCCUACGACAAUCGAACAUCUCCACUGCCACCGCAAUCGCCGACUUAUCAGAACCGCGAGGCGAUAGAGGAAACCAUGGGUAAAACUGGAGGCGCGUCUUACACCCAGGCCAGCACCGGGAGCAAGAUGCCUUCCCUCAAUAACAAUCUUUCCGAGCUGGACACCCUCCUGCAAGACCUGAGCAACGCGCGUUACAAUGCCCACUACCAAGAACGAGACAACCGCGCGUCCACGACAGGAGUGAACGGGGGUGCGACCAGCCCCAUGCUCCGUUCUCCAAGUAGCAUGUCAGCCUCUCGACCCACUGUCGACUCGUUGCUCGAGGAGCUAAGCACCGCAGUGCCUAAUGGAGAUUACCCCGCCGACGGAAAGGUGAGAGUCACCAUACAAGAGACGUCUACAGAAAUACAGCCGGUCUACGACGGCUAUCCCUCCAGUCAGCAUGGCUCGCUGAGUCGAACCGAGGUUCACAGGAGUUACCCUAACGGUCAUACCGCGAGUAAUGCUACCAAGGAGCUGGACGACUUAAUGGCUUCGCUUUCCGAAUUUAAGAUCAAUAGCGGCACCCAUCAGCACCAGACGGUGACUGACUCACCGUACGCGAAGCCCAACAAAGCCACCAAGAGUUCGCAGAGCCCUUUGCCCACCGAGGGGACACAGACCCGUGUCCAUAUCACUGAGACCCACACGACCCAUCUCUAUCAUCCGGGUGAGAGCCAACCUCUCAAGCAGAACCAGUUGGAUUCUAUGCUCGGCAAUCUCCAGGCCGACAUGAGCCGCCAAGGAGUCAACACGACCCAGAAGGGAUGCUGCAACGCCUGCGAGAAGCCCAUCGUGGGCCAGGUGAUAACGGCCUUGGGCAAGACGUGGCAUCCGGAGCACUUCACAUGCACCCACUGCAACCAGGAGUUGGGCACGCGGAAUUUCUUCGAAAGGGAGGGCCACCCUUACUGCGAAACAGACUAUCAUAACUUGUUCUCACCUCGUUGCGCUUACUGCAACGGGCCUAUUCUCGAUAAAUGUGUGACCGCCCUGGAGAAGACUUGGCAUACCGAACACUUCUUCUGCGCCCAGUGCGGUAAGCAGUUUGGCGAGGAAGGUUUUCACGAGCGGGACGGCAAGCCCUACUGCCGCGAGGACUAUUUCGACAUGUUUGCGCCCAAGUGCGGCGGCUGCAACCGCGCUAUCAUGGAAAAUUAUAUAUCUGCGCUCAACAGCCAGUGGCAUCCGGACUGCUUCGUCUGCAGAGAUUGCAGACAGAAGUUUCAGGGAGGCUCCUUUUUCGAUCAUGAGGGAUUGCCGUAUUGCGAGACACACUAUCACGCCAAGAGAGGAUCCUUGUGUGCAGGAUGCCACAAACCUAUUACCGGUCGCUGCAUAACAGCAAUGUUCCGCAAAUUCCAUCCCGAGCACUUCGUAUGUGCGUUUUGCCUAAAACAGUUGAACAAGGGGACGUUCAAAGAGCAAAACGACAAGCCUUACUGCCAUGGCUGCUUUGACAAACUUUUUGGAUAAAUAAUUCAUAGUUUUCGAAAUUUUUUUUGUAACAUAACAAAACGAGAGGCUGUUUCUCUCGGCGAUGUUUUAUUACUCUUGAUGAAAUACGUAUACGGCGUAAACACUUACUUGCUUUGAUUGUCUAUAUGAAAGUGCGAGAAGAGGACUCACAUUGCCUAAAGAGUAGCCUUUUAGAAUUUCCAUUUUUUUAAUAUUGACUAACAAAUGGUGCAUGCAAAAGGAAUAUCGUAAAUAGAAUUUUGAUUGCUACAGAUUACUGAAGAAAUUAAAGCAUCUUGUCGUCACUUUUUAUGGGAUCUAUGAGAUCGCAUUUCAAAUUUCUUCUUUUAAAGGAAAUGAAAUUAUAAAAUUCACGUGCAGUCCAAAUCUCAUUCUUCGAUUAAUAUCGAGUAAAUUUUAAUAGAAACAUAAUUUAUGAUUAUGAUCAAUCAUUUAAAGUUGAAUCUAAAAAAUAUGCGAGAUCACACGAAUAGUCACGAA